AUGUCCCCUCCCACCAAACUCACAACCCAUAUCCUGUCCCUGCACCCUGAAGCCUUCACCCUCGCAACACAAUCACCCUUCCUCGCUCACGCCGGCGCCGGAACCCUCUCAAAGAACGUAUUGCAGAAAUGGCUGGCGCAGGAUAGGUUGUACGCGCAGGCUUAUAUACGGUUUGCAGCGCUGUUGCUUGCUAAUGUGGGGUUGAAGGGGAGGGUUGAUGAGAGGGCUUUGGAGGAGAGACUCCUCGACCUCCUCCUCUCAUCAAUAAACAACGUCCGGCGCGAACUCAAAUUCUUCGAAGACGUAGCCACGCGCUAUGAUCUCGAUAUCUCAUCUCCAUCUACCUCAUCGAUCGUCAAAGAUGAUGAAGUCCAAGAGAAAGAGGGAGUUAGUGAAGGCGUGAGAAUGUAUCGGAAGUUGUUCUUUGAGGUUGGUGAGGCGGUUGAGAGUGGCAAGAUGGGAAUGCUGGAGGGGCUGGUGUUGCUUUGGGGGACGGAGGUGUGCUACCUCACAGCCUGGCGAUAUACAGGUUCGUGCUCCUCGUCCACUGCCGCAAACCCACCGGGUAAAGAAGCGGAUGGUGGAGCGCUACGCAAGGAAUUCAUUCCUAAUUGGACGAGUGAUGAGUUUGCGGCUUUUGUGGAUGAGAUUGCGGGGUUGGUGGAUGAGCUUUGGGAGAAAGAGGGAGAGAAAGAAGGGACGGGGAAGGGGAGAGGUGGUGAGGAAAGGAGAGAGAGGGUGGAGGGGAUUUGGAAGAGAGUUUUGGAUGUGGAGAGGGUGUUUUGGCCGGCUGUUGAGUAG